CGCCCCGGGACCGGACCCUCGCGCCGCCCGCCCGCCCGUGGUGUUUGAACAGUGUGCACCAACUAUUCCUCUGCUCAUCCUCAACCCCUGGAAGCACCUUUAGCUACACUAUGGCGGCAGAGACUCUCAACUUUGGGCCUGAGUGGCUGAGGGCCCUUUCCAGCGGUAGCAGCGUGGCUUCCCCACCCUCAUCCCCUGCCAUGCCCAAGUACAAGCUGGCUGAUUACCGCUACGGGCGAGAGGAGAUGCUGGCCCUUUAUGUCAAGGAGAACAAGGUCCCUGAAGAGCUGCAAGACAAGGAGUUUGCUGCAGUGUUACAGGAGGAACCGCUGCAGCCCCUGGCCCUGGAACCUCUGACUGAGGAGGAGCAGAGAAACUUCUCCCUGUCAGUGAACAGUGUGGCUGUGCUGAGGCUGAUGGGAAAAGGGGCUGGGCCCCCCCUGGCUGCCACCUCCCGUGGCAGGGGCAGCACGCGGAGCCGAGGCCGUGGCCGUGGUGACAGUUGCUUUUACCAAAGAAGCAUUGAAGAAGGUGAUGGGGCCUUUGGAAGAAACCCUAGGGAGAUCCAGCGAAGCCAGAGCUGGGACGACAGAGGUGAGAGGCGGUUUGAGAAGUCAGCAAGGAGGGAUGGAGCACGAUCUGGGUUUGAGGAGGGAGGGGCUGGUCCAAGGAAGGAACAUGCUCGCUCAGACAGCGAGAACUGGCGUUCCCUUCGGGAAGAACAAGAAGAAGAAGAGGAGGGCAGCUGGAGACUUGGGGCAGGACCCCGGAGAGAUGGUGAUCGCUGGCGCUCCACCAGCCCUG